AUGGGCACUGUUGCAAGAUUACUGGCAUCAACGAUUAUCGAGCAAUGCAAACAACAUCAUAUGCAAAAUUAUAUGCUCGUCUUGCUCGAUGCUCAUGUUGAUCAAACAAAUGGAGAUUGCCAAAAUAUUCUGGCGCAAUUGCGCAAUAUUGUCAACGACGUAACCAUCUGUACUGAUUUGACACAAUAUAUUCAGUACCUCAAUGACAUUAAAGAUGGAAAAGCAUUUGUCAUCAUUUCUGGUGCAUUAGGGCAGCAUCUCGUGCCCAAUAUUUAUAUCAUGCCAGUUAGAUGCAAUUUACAUAUUUUGCAGCAGCAAAGAGUGACAUGA